AUGAGGAAAAGAAAACUUGAGAACAGAAUUACUACCUUCUCUAUUGGCAGCCAUGUUGAAGAUGAUUGUGGGAAGGUGGUAAAUCAUUUUCUUAAUCACUUUAAGAGAUUUAUGGGCAGCAGGAGCUCAGUCAUAGAUGAGAUUGAUUUGGACUGCAUUCAAUAUGGUAACUUACUGAAUUUGGAGCAGCAAGUUAAUCUCAUCAGACCUUUCACUAGAAAAGAUGUUAAAAAGGCUUUGUUCAGCAUACAUUCUACUAAAAGCCCCGGGUUAGAUGGUUAUGGGUCAGGCUUCUUCAAGGCCCUUUGGAAUCAAAUUGGAGGGGAAGUCUCGUCUGCUAUUUUGGGUUUUUUUAGAAUGGGAAGUUACCUCCCUUCCUUAAUGAAACAACUUUCUGAUGUGCUUCCGAUGCUUGUUCACAGCAACCAAGGAGCCUUUGUUAAAAACAAACUUCUUGCUCACAAUGUUCUUAUCUUUCAGGACCUCUUGCAGGGUUAUAACAGGAAGAACAUUUCAGCAAGAUGUAUCAUGAAAAUCGACUUAAGCAAAGCCUAUGAUACUGUUGACUGGAACUUCUUGGAGAACUUACUUAAACAGUUGUGCUUCCCUUCAAUAUUUAUCCAUUGGGUAAUGGUCUGUCUAAGGGGUACUAAGUACAAUCUCUUGACGAAUGGUAGAAUCCAAGGCUCUUUCAAGGGGGAAAAGGGUCUCCGACAAGGAGAUCUUAUUUCUCCUCUAUUGUUUGUUCUGAUCAUGGAUUAUCUAACAAGGUUGUUGGCUCAAUAUUCAAAGAACAAGGGCUUUAGUUUCCAUCCUCAUUGUAAGCAACUGGGUCUUAUCAACUUGUGUUUCGCUAAUGAUCUUCUGACUUUUUGCAAGGGAAACAUUAGCUCGGUUAAGGGAGUGCAAGAGGCGUUCAUUAAGUUUUCUGACUCCUCUAGUCUCUCCAUUAACAAUACCAAAUCGCACAUCUAUUUUGGAGGAGUGAAGGAAGAGUCCAAGAUCCAAAUUCUGAAGUUAGUUCAAAUGCAAGAGGGUUCUUUUCCUUUGAAAUAUCUAGGGGUUCAUCUUAGACCUACUAGAUGCAAAGCUUCUGAUUGUGGGGUUAUUUUGGAUAGCCUAAACAGAAAAUUGAAUGGCUUGGCGAGUAGGAAUCUUUCUUUUGUAGGGAGAGCUCAACUAAUCCAUUCUUUCCUUCUUGGCAUUAGAAACUUUUGGAUGAGCUUAUUCAUAUUACCUAAGAAAGUCACUUUGGCUAUAAACAAAUGUUGCCGUGAUUUCCUUUGGGGUGUCAAAGGUAAUAAGAGUAAGCUUCAUCUUCCCUCUUGGGAAAAGACUUGUCUUCCUAAGAAAUUAGGGGGAAUUGGUUUUUAUGAAGGAAAGAAAUGGAACAUGGCCAUGAUGGCCAAAUUUAUUUGGGCUAUCUCUUGGAAAAAAGAUUGCCUAUGGGUUAGAUGGGUGAGUACCAUUUACCUCAAAAAAUUCAGCAUCUGGAAUGUCCCUAAAAAUCAAAAUAUGAGCUGGUAUUUCAAAAAGAUUUUGAAAAUAAGGGAUCACACUAGAGAAGUUGAAUUGUUGAAUUGUGUUAAGCAUGAGAAGUUUCGGGCAAAACUUUUCUAUGCUUCUCUUGUUGAUAAUCAGGAAGUUUGGUAUGCUAAGGCGAUUUGGGACAGACUUAUCAUUCCAAAGCACAGGUUUAUCUAUUGGCAAGCCUGUAAUUUGCAACUUCUAACCGGGGACAAUUUGGAGAGUAUCUUUCCUAUUCAAUCCAACCUCUGUCCGGUUUGUGAUCAGGAAAAGGAGACCCAUAACCAUCUUUUUAUGGACUGCCACUUCACAAAAUUGGUGCUGCAAGAUGUUAGCAAAUGGUUUGGGGCUUUCAAUUGGCCAAGGAACAUCAUUGAGCUCCAAGACUGGGUUCAAAAUGCUGCCUUUGACUUAAAAUUUCAAAUUUAUAAUGCUAUCUUGGCUGGGAUUCUGUAUUGGAUUUGGAAAAAUAGCAAUAGCUGUGUGUUCAACUUGUUGUGUUACUCUUCUACUUUUAUAAGUAGAGAUGUUAAAAGAUUUGUGAAGUAUAGGGUGUUAGGCUUUGCUUGUAAACAUACUAAUACAAAUGAUAGAAUCAUGGAUGUAAUUAGUAGCUAG